AUGACUGACGAAGAGUUACAAACAUUUUGUCUAAUAGAGAUAGAGAAAUUGCUACAGGCCAAUGGAAAAUCAUUAAGUGAUUUUCGACAGGUUUUACCUGUUAUUCCUAAAGCUUCUCGUGCUGAGAUUGUUAUGGCAUCAAUCAAUUCUUCAAUUCUUUGGAAGCACUUUGAAGUGUUAACGUUGACAAAAAAUAUGCGGUUAGAAAGUGCUACAAAUCAAUCAAAUCUGGAAGAAUUGAAAAGGUUUUCCGAUUGGAUUCUUCAGAUUGGAGAAGGGCGUAUUGGGACAAUAAUUAACGAAAAGCUUUUAGUUCAAAUUCCAAAUGAGUUUCUGAUUUUUCCUUCUGAUAAUCCAAUUGAUGAUAUUAUAAAUGCAAUUUAUCUUGACAUAGUUAGAAAUUUUGAUGAUACUGGUUUUUUCCAAGACAGAGCCAUAUUAGCUCCAACAGUAGAGAUUGUUGAAGAAAUCAAUGAUCACAUUGUUCAAUUGCUACCUGGGACAGAAAAAGAGUAUCUAAGUGCUGAUUCUAUAUGUGGUAGUGAUGCUUAUUGUGACGUUGAUGUUGAUUGGAUAAAUAUUGAGUUUUUGAAUCAAAUAAAAUGUUCAGGGUUACCGAAUCACUCAUUGAAAUUGAAGAAAUGUGUGCCUAUUAUUUUGUUGAGAAAUAUUGAUCCAGCUGGUGGCUUAUGCAAUGGUACUCGCCUUAUUGUUAGAGAUUUAGGAACAAAUGUGAUUGGAGCUGAGAUUGUCUCAGGGAGUCACAUUGGAGAUAAAGUUUUCAUUCCUCGGAUGAAUUUAAUUUCGAGUGACGCUGGGAUACCUUUCAAAUUUCAACGGAGACAAUUUCCUAUAAACUUGUGCUUUGCAAUGACUAUCAAUAAGAGUCAAGGUCAAACUCUAUCUAGUGUUGAACUGUUCUUGCGUCGACCGGUAUUUUCUCAUGGUCAACUCUAUGUCGCUAUUUCUCGAGUGAAGAGCAAAGAUGGUUUAAGAAUUUUGGUAUCUGGCGAGAAAAAUGAUGAUUCUACUUUAACUCUUAAUGUCGUAUUUAAAGAAAUAUUUGAUAAGAUUUUAUAA